CCUCUUGCUACUUGCUAGGGUACCAUAUUAUAAGGUUCAAAAAAAUUCAAUAUUCCAGAACGUUCCAAAAAUCAUUCCAUAGAUGCACUGGGACAUCAACCGGAGUUAUUGAUGAAGUGAAUGACAGCGAAUGGGAUACAUAGAAGUAGUUCUUGGGUGGUCAAGUACAAGGACUUUCAACCUUUGAAGCUAGUGAUGUAAACAGACUUUCAACGUUUGAAGCUAAUGUAAACAUGUAGCUGAUUAGUGAGCGAGUGAGUCAUUAAAUGAGCGAAGAGAGUUGUACAUGUAAUAGAGUAGACAACUACAGCCAUGGCUACUCGUGUGCGUACUCUGAUCUCAGAAUUGGUGUCUGAGGGCUACUUGCCGAAACACCUUGCAAUUGUUCUCCGCCAGCUCUUGCGCGAGCUCAAUCGAGUGACUCUGCUUGAUAUUAAUGACCACCCUCUUUCUAUUUCUUGUGGGAAUACACGGAAACCGAACGAGAACGACUCUAGUGCCAACAGCUGCACUAGAGGCGGAGAUGGUACCACAUCUGCUUUAAUAGGAAGGGAAAGCUACAACUCUACUCGAGAGGGACUAGUAUCGGAUGAAGACGAAGAUGAGGAGCAAUACCAAUACAACGAGCAAGAUCAUGAUCAAGUAUCAGUCUCAAGGAACUACAGCGAGGACGACCACAAGCAGGCUGCAGCACAAAUAUGUCAAAAACAAGACUUAGAUAAAGAAAUCGUCGAUGCAACCAGUGACCAGAUCGAUGAGUGCGACAAUGACAUGCGCUACAGGAGCAGAGAUCAUUCGCUUUUUCUCGCGCAAGAGAGAAUGUUACCAGUCCUGGGUGACGCAAUUACUGAGGUAGUUCUUCUGCUAGAGCUCCUACGUUUUCUCCACAAUCUUGUGCGUAAAAACCCAACCAUUUCCGGAGGAGAGACCACGAACAGUGCUUCUUCAAGCAAUGGACCACCCCUGCCCGCGUCCUCAGCUAUCGGAGCAGGAGCAACAGGCUCUACAACGAGCACGAUCGGAGGCGCCAAGAAUGUGGCGGG